GUACUUUUUUGUAUGUUAAAAAAGGCAACAUUAGCAGUAGGUACCCACAGUGAAAACAAAUUUGUCUCCUUCAGGCUACACUUAAAAACAUCUGCCCUUGCCAUUAACCACAUUUUUUCCUAAUUUGUUAGGCUGAUAAGGGUGAAUAAAGAAAACAAUCCAUGGACUUCCCUGCUUUUUUGUGCAAUGCUUUUCCCACUAUAAGGAUGAGUCAGAAUUUUCAUUUUGCUGCAUAUUAAAUGCAAGAUGACUUCCAAAAAUAAAGCAGGAGAAAAGGAGAAAAAAUGAUUAAGGAGACUUGCAAUUAUCCAAAUCUAUACAGAGAAAGGUUGUUAAGAUAUAAGGAAUAGUGAGAUGACUCCAGUCCCUUGGAGUCUAAAACAAGACUAACAGAGAACUGGCAAUAUACGGAACAUAUCCUGAAAUCAAGUGGCUAUGCUUACUAUACAUCCUUCCUAUUUGAGAGUCAUUACCUCUCAAGAAAGAGAUUAUUCAGUCUUUUUCACCGUGUUCCAACAGUACAAAUUAUCAAGAUUCCAAAGAUAUGCUGCAUUCGCUAUAAACAAACUUCACUAACUCUGGCACCAAUCACUGCUCCAGAGUUUAUAACCAGGAUAGUAAAGUGAUUUACUCAAAGUAUUAUACCAGCUACAGCAACUUUUAAGUAGGAAAAAACUAGUUAAGUCCUUACUGGUUGAUGCUUGAGGCCCCCAGGAAAUCAGUUUAACAGAUGUCAGAGCUGAAGUCUAGAAACCUUUGUAGUACCAUUUAUUAAACUGUUUAUCGUGGGCCAUUCCAGUUUUUUUCUCUUUCCCUCUAAAAACAGGGCUGCAGUAGAUAAUGUGCAUUCUUAUGAACUAGUUACAAACUGAGGCCAGUGAGUCAAAGGCAUUGGACAUGAUGCAUACUUUUAAAUUGUAAUAGAGGUGGCGGGGUAACUUGGUAACACAGUUUAACAUUCGCUGCCCCCCCCCCGUCACACGUAAAUGCCAGUUCUCAGCAUUCUUGCCAAUACUUGCUGUGUUUAAUUUUUGCCAAUUUAAUAAAUGGGGUGUUUUUGAUUCCCAUUUGUCAAUUAGUGAAAUUGGAUAUAUCAUGUUUGCUUACAUGAGCUGUCUAUUCAUAGCCAUUGGCCAAUUUUAUUGGAAUUAACGUAUUACUGAAUUUCUAGGAGUAGGCUGAAUAGUAUUGACGUAUCUGCUGCAAAAUCUCUUUUUCUAGGUUAUUAGACUUCACGUGUUUUUGUGCUAUUUAAAAAAGUUUUAAGUUCAUACACAAAUAUCCUUUAGGACUUUGUGGUUUGAAAUCUUGACUGUUAGAAAGUUCCUUCUAUCCCCGAACUAUACAUAUUCUCCUAAAUUAUAUUUAAUCCUUUCAAUUUUAUUCGUCCUUUGAGAUCAUUUAUCUACCGGAUAGCAUGAGGCGGGGGUCAGUAUAACUCAGUAAUCCACUGGUCAGGCAUAUACAGAAACAACAAAAUCAACGAAUUGAAAAGCGGCGAGAGAGCGGCGAACAUCAGAUUGUACGCAGGUAUUUAUACAGCCAGAUUAAGGUCGGAUUCUAGAAGCUUUUCCGGUACGGGGUAAAGCUGUCACGAGGCGGGAGGGAUUUGUGAUGCAGCCGAGCCUCGCGUCUCAGGCUUCCGCUCCCUCCCGGCUGCGGGAUGAGAUUCUCAGCCGAGGAAGCGAGGCUCCCCCGAGCUUCAGCCCUGGAAUGUCUAUCAGCUCACUGAAAAGGCAGGCAGCUUCCCAACCACACUCAAAAUUAACAUUACAAACUGUCACAGGCAAAACCGCCUAAGAACAAAACCGGCGGCCGAACCGCGAGGACAAGCGCAACGACGAUCUGCGCACGUCGCCCUUGGCGGAGUGACAGGCGUAAGAUGCUCUUAGCGAGUUCCGCCCCGCAGCCGACGGCGCAUGCGCAGCCCGGCCUCCUACGCGGAGCGCAGGUCUCCGUCGGAGCCUGUGGGGUGCGGGCCAGCUGGGAAGAUGGCGGGUGUGGGCUUGGCCGCUGUGGGGGCUUGGGUACCUGGUCGGAGCUGGGGCUGGGCAGCCGUCUUCUUCGGCCCCCACCGUGGCCUCAGCGCGUUACUUGCACGGAUGCCCCAGCGGGCGCCACGAUGGCUCCCAGCUUGCAGACAAAAGACGUCAUUCUCUUUACUUAAUCGACCAGACCUUCCAAGCCUGGCUUAUAAGAAGCUAAAAGGCAAAAGUCCAGGAGUAAUCUUCAUCCCUGGCUAUCUUUCUAAUAUGAAUGGUACAAAGGCUUUGGCGAUUGAGGAGUUUUGCAAAUCUCUAGGUCACGCCUAUAUAAGAUUUGAUUAUUCAGGAGUUGGAAGUUCAAAUGGUAACUUAGAAGAAAGCACAGUGGGAAAAUGGAGAAAAGAUGUUCUUUCUAUAAUUGAUGAUUUAGCUGAGGGACCACAGAUACUAGUUGGAAGUAGCCUUGGUGGAUGGCUUAUGCUUCAUGCUGCAGUUGCACGUCCAGAAAAGGUCAUGGCUCUUAUUGGUGUAGCUACAGCUGCAGAUGGCUUAGUGACACAGUUUAAUCAGCUUUCUGUUGAGCUAAAAAAGGAAGUGGAGAUGAAAGGCGUGUGGGCUAUGCCAUCAAAAUACCAUGAAGAAGGAGUUUAUAACAUUCGGUACAGUUUCCUUAAAGAAGCUGAACACCACUGCUUGCUACAUAGCCCGAUUCCUGUGAACUGCCCUGUAAGAUUGCUCCAUGGCAUGAAGGAUGACAUCGUGCCUUGGCAUACGUCCAUGCAGGUUGCCGACCGGGUGGUUAGCAAAGAUGUAGAUGUCAUCCUCCGAAAACACAGUGAUCACCGAAUGAAAGAAAAAGCGGACAUUCAACUUAUUGUUUAUACUAUUGAUGACUUAAUUGAUAAGCUUUCAACUAGUUAACUAGUAUCACAUUUUUAGUUGGUACAUAAACUAAUGUGUCCAGAUUAGAAGAGGGAUAACAGAUCAAAGACCCUAAUAGUUUAGGUCCCUUUUCUAUUUUGUAAAUAUGAGUAUUUAUUUAAUGACGUAUUUACACAAGUAGUAUAAAUUGUAAUGAAAGUACCAGCUGCUAUUUGAAAAUUUUCUCUUUCCUUCAAUCCUUGAUCUUUUUUCAUUAAAAUAUUUACUAUUUUUUUAUUCAA